AUAGCGCGUGCUAUCGCAUUCCAAUUUGGGAUGCCACCGAGGAUGCGGCCACCCGUUCGUUGUUCGUGGGCCUCGCGAGGGAUUCAACCUGCGACAUCUGAAUGCCACCCCAAUACGUGUCGUCGUUUAUUCUGUACACGUAACUGGACCAUAUCUUUCCCACUGUCUGCCUGCCGCACUGACACAAGGAAGGCCAUUAAGGGACGCCCGUGGAUAAUGCCGCCCGAGACUACGAAACAACAGAGGAAACAGAAGCACGUGCUGUCUCUGUCCUCAUACGGCCUUCAUGAAACGCUAUCCUCCUACAAGCACCUGGACGCAGUACCCACAGUAUGGCAGAAGUGGAAGACCGCAGCGCAGUGUGUGGCUGCUUUCGCCAUGACAGCCGUCAUGGUGGGCGCCUUGCUCUUCUGGCAUCAAAGACCAUAUCGCGAAAAAGAUUAUCUCGUCUGCCGAACGCAACCCUGCAUGCUUUACGCGGCGAUACUCAACGGCUCCAUCAACCGAAACCGAAACCCCUGCGACGACUUCUACAGCUACGUCUGCGACGGCUGGGACAGGAAGCAUAACGAUCCGAUUUACUGGGGUCACGUGGUCGACUUCAGCUUCCGACUGAUCGAGGUCCUCGAGUCGAAAGACAUACCCAUCCGCAGCCAGAGCGCUGUCGAGAAAGCGGCCAAGUUCUACCAGUCCUGCAAAAGAGCCAACGGAGGUGGCCCAGGAGAGAUCGUCGCGUUUCGGUACCUCUGGAGAAAAUGUGAAGUUGAUUGGCCGAGAGCAACUCGGAAUGCCGACGUAUUUAAGACGGUGAUCUUACUGCGCAGGACUUUUCAAGAAGAAAGCAUUAUCAACUUCGAUGUGCGCCAGUUCCAAGACGGCCCCCGUUUGUACGUAUUCUCAGGUGACGAUCUUGCGGUGUUUUACAACGUCAGCGUCCUUAUCAAGGCUGCAAAUGGUUACCAAGAUUAUUUUGAGAGCAUUCAGAAUAUACUCAAAACACCAGGGACCUUUCAAGGGGACUUACAACCGUACGGCAGGUUCUUGGAAAUAGAAAGCGACAUUCAAAAUGAUCUGCACGUCAAACUCGAUAAAACCGCUACGCCAAUAACGGUGAAUUUUUCCGGGCUUCUCAAUCUUACUCCUCACGUACCAGUCGUCCGAUGGUUACAUGCAUUCGCCUUACUCGACAUUCCACGGAGUACGCCCAUUGACGUCGCCAACGUAGCCUACUUGCGAGCACUCGACGACCUUUUCCUACGAGUUGGUGAGACUGAACUGCACCGUUACGUGGGCUGGCUCAACGUCCAACAGAUGGCACCGUUCAUCAACCGAGAACUCGUCGAAGCUGUCAGCGAUAUCCCGUCACGCGCUACGGACAUAGCGAUAGCUUCCUGUUUGUACCGCACGGAGGCCUUCAUGGGGUGGGCCACAUAUGCCAAGCUUGCUGCGCAGAUAUUUACCAGCACGACCAGGCAAGAGCUUCACAGCCUAAUAAAGAACAUCGGCGACACUGCUGUCGACAAGAUCAUGUUUUCCUGGUUGCCGCUGAAGAAGGCUCUCAUGCGAUACACUUUCAAAGCUUGGCGCUCCGACCUGAUGAAGUACCCAGACAGGUUCCCCAACCCGGAGAGCCUCGAUCCGAUCUUCGUCAACGUUACAGACAUGGGAGAUCAUCUGAUGGAAAACUGGGUGAACCUCGUUCGAGGACGAGCAAGGACCGACGCCACCAAACUGAAGUUGAACAGUCCUCACUUCGUUCCUGUGUCGCUCCGGAACGUCGACUACGAAUUUUACGUCCAGGAGGACGGAAGAGUAAGACUCCCUCCAUACGCUGCUACCGUGCCGCUGUACGAGUACGAAGUCAGUGAACCGGUCAAGUACGGAGGGUUGGGCUUUCUCUUGGCCCAUUACGCGUUCGAUAUCCUCAAGUACCAUAAUCCGAGCCUCGCAAACAACAGCCCGAGCUGCCUGGAUCUAGCAGGCAGCCCUUACAAGGAUGAGACCAUACUGAGAUCCGCUGUUUCCUUGGACAUUGCGCGGGACGCGUUCUCACGCCGAUCGUCCACAGACAUACGUCUACCGUUUCUGCGAACUUUGACGGGCAAACAGAUAUUCUACGUAGCAACCUGUUUCCUCAUGUGCGGUCAACAGGACCGUAGUUUUUACGUGCGAAGAUGCAACGAGCCUCUUAAGCACAAUGCCGCAUUUGCGAAGGCUUUCUCAUGCAGAAGGGGCAGUCCAAUGAGAAGCAGACGGAAGUGCGAUUUCUUUACGACGUGAGUGUACUAUAGACCAGUUGAUAAGUUGAUGCUCAGAAUAAUUUAUAAUAUAAGUUCGUGAUGACUUGUCUAAGGGCGUCCUGUGGCUGUAUUCAUUCGAGUGUGUCUACGGUGGGGAAACAGAUGGAUUUCCAUAUCUAAUCCUUACCUAAAUCUUAUCUAAAUCUAAUCUUUCAACUGCUUCGCGGGAGACAAAAAUGGGGAGUAAUUGUAAUCAAAGGAACUGAAGUUGAGUGACGCUGCAUGUGUGUGACGCUGAGCGUGAACUGUCCCACUCCCAAAAAAAGUGUGAUCUCGGCGGUAAUCUCAGCUUAUUUACCCGAAGUCGCCACGCUGAGUCCAGGGGGCCAGGGGUCCGAAGUAAUCGACCUCGAUUACGUACUUUGUCUCGUCCAUCAUUGGUCGUUACGUGAAGGUGUGAAGAACAGGAACGAAUGUUAUGCGCCCUCAAAAAAGCUCUUGAAUCUUCCAGCAGGAAGAGUGAAGAGUGCAGAAUCAAGAGUGCUCGACGAUUGGUCGAAGGAGCGUGACAUUCUCUGUUCUUCACGCCGCCUUCACGUAACGACCGAGAAUCGAGGUCGAUUACUUCGACGAGAAUAGGGCUCUUUCUAAAAAUUUCUAAAAUUUCUAAAAAAGUUUCUAAAUUUUUUUUUCUAAUUUCUAAAUUUCUACAAUUUCUAAAAAAAUUAUAAAAUUUCUAUAAAAAAUCUAAAAAAAAUUUCUAAAAAAAAUGGCCAAGCUCAGCAGGCACUUGUCCGUUGAGGCGAGGUUCAAAACGAAUGGUUUAUUUUCUUUUGACGCUCCUUGGUCUUGUCAGCAUCAUGGAGUGCACUUGCAGUUGGCCUUGUUCAAGCUGCCGCAGUAACCUCUCCAGUUGAACGUCGCCCUGCAGUGGUUGUUGCAUUCAUCCUUGUCUUCAGGACAGCCAUAUGGAUGAUGAGUAUUGUCUAUAUGAUGAGUAUGAUAUGGCAGAUUAAUAACUAUGGUAAGUAUGAAUAGGUACAGCGCGUGAAUUGUGUGCGGUGCCUGGGUACAAAUGUUACGCAGGGUAGACGUAUCGAAAGUACUCACGCAAAAGUAGUAUAUCAGCGGUUGUCACGACUGCGAAGCCUGUAACAUAAUGAGAGGGGUUAUAUUGCACAGUCUCUCGUGUUUAGUACCCGGUAUUUAUUUCUGAUGCUC